AUGACUGCAGACUCCACUACCAACGACGACCUGGUGAUGGCCGUCCAGGCGCUGGAACAGCUCAAGAAAGGCUCUCCCGGUGCAGUCACAGCAUCUUCGACGGGAAACUCGUCGCCUUCACAAGAUACACGGCACAGCCAAUCACAGCUUCAGCCGGAUUCGUUUCUGGAGAAGGUGACUUCACACCCACUGAUAUCCAACUCGCUCCAUUACAUGUUGGAGAAAACGAUAUCGCAAGCCAACAGCAACAUUGGAGAGGACACUGCCACCAAAAAGAGAGCGUUUGACAACGAAGAGACUAGCUUUAAAAGGCCCAAAUUGACCCCUUCCAGUACGAAUUUGCACAAGAUACUUCCACCACUGCGUGGAGGCCCCAGUGCGGGUGAUGUGAAUGAUCUGGUUGCGGCCCAGAGGAAGACAUUAUUGGACAUAAAAGAGCUGGGCAUGAUGAACUUGUCUAUUGAAAGCAGAAAGAAGUUGACCAUGUUGAUCAAUUUUCUGAAGAUUGGUAACAAGCAACUCAGUUCUAGAAUCGAUUCGCUGAUUGAGCUGUGUGAUCGCCAGCAACCUAAAGACGAAGACGAGUUUGUAGAUGCGAAGAGUCAGAUCUCCAGAACUGCUUCCAUGGAUUCGUUGACAGCAAUAAACUCGACGGACGAAGUGAACUCAAGCUCCCUGGUCAAAGAAGAGUCACAGGUGGUGACACAAACCGCCGAGGAGUCCAGUGGUGAUUCCACAUCCAACUCCUCGCCUGCUGCUGCUGCUUCAAAUACCCCAUCUGCCUCCGCCACAGACGAUUUGUUUCUUCAGCAACUGAAGCAGGAGAUCGUGGGUACGGUCAAGAAGAUCGUCAACGUGGUUUCCAAGUUUUCAGGAAACUCUUUGCCGGAGCCUGCUAGAUCCAACGUGAGGGAAGUCCUUCUCAAACUUCCAAUCAACUGGGCAACUGCCAUCAACCAGGAUGGCCCUGAGGAAGACCAGCAGGCUCAGCAACAGCGACAGGAACAUCGCAAGUCUAUUCUCUCUAAUCUUUACAGCAAAUACAUGCAGAAAAAGCCAGAUCCCAACGAGAGGGUACUAAUUCUGGCACAGGAGUCUCUGGAUAUGAUCCAGAAGGUGAUGAAGUUCUGCAACGACUCGCUUGACAAGGCUGAAAACUGGAAUUUAGCCAAGCAGACCCAACAACAGACAAAGUUGUUGAACAAACUGGAGACAAUGACUACGGUAUCAAGUCUACAAUCGAGUCAUCAUUCACAGCCUAACUCGGAGGAAGCAUCUGAGGAGAAGACUGAGCAGGCCUAA